GUACACACUGGAUAUGGAGCUGUCACGACUCUCUUGGCAGGCAAGCUGGACAAAACGGACAUCGACAAGACAUCGACCAUGCUGGAACUGUCGGAUGAGGAGAAGUACAAAGACCUCCCAUCUCCCAGACUCCUCAACUCCCACGCACCGUUAGGUCACCUGCCAGACGAGGUCAAGGUCAAGAAACCAAAAAUUGUGCACGUCAUUCGCAAUCCCAAGGAUGCCAUUGUUUCUUAUUUCGUGUUUUUGAAAAAGAUGGGCAUCAACGACUACCAUGGGAAGUGGGAGAACUAUGUUUGUCCUGCAACAGAGGGGAGAUUUGAAUAUGGUUCCUGGUUCGACCAUUUGAAGGGGUGGGAGGAAGUGAAGAAAACUACCGACAUUCCCUUCCUGACACUCUUCUAUGAAGACCUUAAAGAGGACACAUUCAGGGAGGCUAAGAAGUUGUGUGACUUUCUGGGCGUAUCAAGGAGUGACGACUACAUCAGACAAGUGUGUGACCACUGCGACUUUGACUCCAUGAAGAAAGUCAAGGCUACAGCCGAGCUAACUGGCAAGGUUGCUUAUCGGAAAGGUGUAGCUGGUGACUGGAAGAACUGGUUCACUGUGGCCCAGAACGAGUGGUUUGAUCAAUAUUAUGCUGAACAAAUGAAAGAUUGCCCCGUGAAGGUUCGAUUUACUCUUGAUUAGGCAUAUUAUGUUGCCUGCAGAUGCCAUGGCUAUCAGGGUGAGGGUGGCACAUUCUGUCGCUAACAUCUUGUAGCUGCAAGCAUUGUAUUAAUCAGAUCAAGUUUUAUAUGUUGUUGGACACAUUGAAACAUUGCUUUUUAUAUACAUGAGCUCCUAUACCGCAGCAAACCAAACAAAGUUGUACUUCCCUUAAAGGAUCAAAUGAUAUUUCCACCAUGAACAGUUGUCGAUAAUGUUUCUGCAAGACGGCUUCAAGCACGCCUUGUGUUUCCUGUUCACAGAGGUGUAUCAGUUGAGUGGGAAGAAUGUCAUGGAAUGUGUAAUGAAAAUCAAAGGACCACAACUGUUCCAUGUAACUACGGGAAGAGCUAUAUUUGCGGGCACCUUGUAUCAUCACUAUUCGACAGUGCUUCAUACAUACAUGCUUAGAUACAGUCGGAGUCACACACUGGACCCACCCUAUGGCGAUUUCUUAUAAUUAUGCCAUUUUGUUUAUGUUAUUUAUGGUCAUAUUGCCUGUUGAUGUUUAACAAGUAGUUAAAUAUUUAUCAUAUAUUGAGAAGUGUAUGCAAUUCAUUUCAGAACCGUCCUACGUUAUCGUUGUAUAGUGUGUUUAUGAGAACUCAGUUUAGUUUUUACGAAUCGUAUUCCAUUGCCAGUGUUGAUUUUCUUUAACAGACGCCUAAAUAGAGAAGGAAAUUUGCAAUGAGCCAUCUUUUGUUUUGUUUUCAGACAUGUUUGCGUUUGUACGUUCAUAUAUUCAUGAAUGUCAAUGGACAAUCUUUAAAUGCCCUUGUGGAAUAUCUUUAUUUUACUUAUAAUGAAGCAUUGUUGGAGGUAAGCAGAUGUUACUACAUUGGGUGUGCUGGAGUAUUGUGAGUACCACAGUUUGGUCAGGGUAGGCACCUAGUAUAAUUACAACAAUUUGAUGGUGCUUUAUAUACACAACAUGCUUAUGAUAUGGUCAGAAUGGUACACUAGAGUACCACAGUUUGGUCAGGGUAGGCACCUAGUAUAAAUUACAACAAUUUGAUGGUGCUUUAUAUACACAACAUGCUUAUGAUAUGGUCAGAAUGGUACAUUAGAGCACCACGGUUUGGUCAGGGUAGGCACCUAGUAUAAUUACAAACAAUUUGAUGGUGCUUUAUAUACACAACAUGCCUAUGGUAUGGUCAGAAUGGUACAAUAGUGUACCACAGUUUGGUCAGGGUAGGCACCUAGUAUAAUUACAACAAUUUGAUGGUGCUUUAUAUACACAACAUGCUUAUGAUAUGGUCAGAAUGGUACAUUAGAGCACCACAGUUUGGUCAGGGUAGGCACCUAGUAUAAUUACAACAAUUUGAUGGUGCUUUAUAUACACACAACAUGCUUAUGAUAUGGUCAGAAUGGUACAACAGAGUACCACAGUUUGGUCAGGGUAGGCACCUAGUAUAAUUACAACAAUUUGAUGGUGCUUUAUAUACACAACAUGCUUAUGAUAUGGUCAGAAUGGUACACUAGAGUACCACAGUUUGGUCAGGGUAGGCACCUAGUAUAAAUUACAACAAUUUGAUGGUGCUUUAUAUACACAACAUGCUUAUGAUAUGGUCAGAAUGGUACAUUAGAGCACCACGGUUUGGUCAGGGUAGGCACCUAGUAUAAAUUACAACAAUUUGAUGGUGCUUUAUAUACCCAACAUGCCUAUGGUAUGGUCAGAAUGGUACAAUAGUGUACCACAGUUUGGUCAGGGUAGGCACCUAGUAUAAUUACAACAAUUUGAUGGUGCUUUAUAUACACAACAUGCUUAUGAUAUGGUCAGAAUGGUACAUUAGAGCACCACAGUUUGGUCAGGGUAGGCACCUAGUAUAAAUUACAACAAUUUUGAUGGUGCUUUAUAUACACAACAUGCUUAUGAUAUGGUCAGAAUGGUACAACAGAGUACCACAGUUUGGUCAGGGUAGGCACCUAGUAUAAAUUACAACAAUUUGAUGGUGCUUUAUAUACACAACAUGCUUAUGAUAUGGUCAGAAUGGUACAAUAGACCUUCAGCAAUUUUACUAUUUGGAAAUAAUUGUUUGUUGUCACUUGUGUCAGUUAACGUUGGGGUAUUUACCAGCUUGAAAGACUUGCUUCAUGUUCAUGUUAAACACAAAUUACUACAUUGUGUGACCUUUUUAAAUAAAGUCCAUGUGAAUUGA